AUGAUCAGCUCGGAUCUCAGACAGGAGAAUGCGAGCAAAGCUCUUGAGGCAGUCAGAGAAGCUAUCGGAACAGGGGAGCGAGCAUUCGCAGACAGCACAAGAUCUUUGAUCAAAGAGAUCAUCGACAGCGUCACUAACAAGUCGGACAUUUUCAAGACGGUCACUGGCGACUUUGAGGCCUUGAUCAAAGUCUGGAGCAUCCUCUCUCACCUCUCCCACAAGCUGCGCACUGACGACUCGUUCGCGUACGCGAAUGCGGCGAAGGAGUUGCUCGUUCACUUGGAGGGAUUGAACGAUCAAGCGAUUGCAUCUGAUUACAUCCGAGAUCUGGAGGAUCUCAUCAAUCGUGUGCGCAAGAAGCGGGAGGGUCAAGUCUCGGAGGACUCCAAGCUUCACUACCAGUCCAGCGGCUUCCAGCACGGCAAACGAGGAUGGUGA